UCUGAAUGUGGAGCUGAGGAGGGAGUGGUGUUUCAGUGUUUGAGCGAGUCUGGAGGAACUGAGACUGUCUUUGUUCACGUGGAGCUGUGGAUCAGGACAGAAGAGCCGUGUGAGGACUGAGGAGAUCUGCGAGACAUGGGGCCAGUGCUGAGAGUCUGGUGCUGGACUUUCCUGAGCAUCUGUUCUUCUGGGAUCGGCUUCCAGCGCUUAGACUCAGAGCAGGACUCGAGCGCUCAGCUGGACCUCACCGAGCUCAUUGGUGUUCCUCUGCCUCCGUCUGUGUCCUUCGUCUCGGGCCUGGAGGGCUUCCCGGCAUACAGCUUUGGUCCGGAUGCUAACGUGGGCCGACUGACGCGCUCCUUCAUCCCCGACCCGUUCUACCGUGACUUCUCCAUCAUCGUGACGGCCAGACCCAGCUCCCGGCGCGGAGGAGUGCUGUUCGCCAUCACAGACGCGCUGCAGAAGAUCGUCCAUCUGGGAGUGUCUCUGGCUCCGGUGGAGGACGGGUCCCAGCGCGUGGUUCUGUACUACACCGAGCCCGGGGCCGCUCACACACAGGAGGCGGCGUCCUUCAAGAUGGGCGAUCUGACGGGCCGCUGGGCGCGCUUCACACUGGCGGUACAGGGAGAGGAGGUGCGGCUGUACAUGGACUGUGAGGAGCAGCAUCGCGUGGCCUUCCGCAGGAGUCCAGACGGACUCACCUUCCAGCCCAGCUCCGGCAUCUUCAUAGGGAACGCCGGAGGAACCAGGCUGGAGCGCUUCCUGGGCUCGAUCCAGCAGCUGCUGCUGACGCCGGAUCCCAGCGCUCUGAAUGAACAGUGUGAGGAGGACGAUCCUUAUGCGUCUGGAUACGGCAGCGGUGACGACAUCUACGAUGAUAUGGAGACUCCGGACGAGGUCAAGAAGGUGUUUGAGGAGAGAGAAUAUGUGAUGUCGGAGGAUGUGGAGUCCGGUCCGAUGAGAGCGCCACCUACUGAAUCUCCCUCGUUCAGCACCGAGACAGAUGAUGAGGACCUGGAGGAAGGCUCUGGAGAGGACAUCAUCAUCAUCAGCGAGCCGAUCAGAUCAGAAGGAGCUUCUCAGGACAGAAACGUCAUUACCAUGCAGAAGGGAGAGAAAGGAGAGCGAGGGCCCCCAGGGCCUCCAGGAUCCACCACUCCACACACACCAGGAGAACCAGGGCCCCGGGGCCCACAGGGAGCGCCUGGAGAACCAGGACGAGACGGUCGGCCUGGUGAUCCAGGGAAAGGUGGAGCUCCGGGAGAGGCUGGACCUCCGGGAUUCCCGGGCCUUCCUGGAGAUCCGGGUCCCAAAGGUGACAAGGGUGAUCCUGGUGUGGGCAUCCCGGGGCCGCCUGGACCUCCCGGACCUCCAGGAACAUACAAGUAUUCGGAGCACUCUGGAUCGGGUGACGUGGAUCUGGACAGUGACGCAGAGCUGAUACAGGGUCCUCCAGGGCCUCCGGGGCCACCGGGACCCCCGGGUCCUUCUGUCGGAGCUCAUCCGGGACCCAUCGGGCCUCCAGGGGCUCCUGGAAGAGACGGGGAGAAGGGCAAACCUGGAGUCCCGGGUGAACAUGGACAAAAUGGUCAACCAGGAAAAGAUGGAGAAAAAGGGCAGAAGGGGGAAGCAGGUUUACCUGGAAUCACGGGACCAAAGGGUGAUGCAGGCCAGCCGGGGCUCCCAGGACAGACGGGGACCGAGGGCCCCAAGGGUCAGUCUGGUCCUCCAGGGCCCCCCGGACCUCCAGGAACCGGCUUCAGCUUUGACAUGAUGGAUUUGGAGGGCUCGGGUCUGGAUGAAAGCAGUGGUUUCAGGCCUGUGCUGCCCCGAGGACCACCUGGCCUUCCUGGGCUCCCAGGACCUCCAGGACCACAGGGAAAAGAAGGAGCCGUCGGUCCUCCAGGUGUUUCAGUGAAGGGGGAGCCAGGCGCUAAAGGAGACGAUGGACAGACUGGGGCUCCUGGUCUGCCAGGGCGACAAGGGGAAGGGGGAGAGAAAGGUGAUAAGGGUCAGAAGGGAGAGAGAGGUCUAGAUGGAAUCAGUUUACCUGGACCUCCGGGCCCUCCUGGACCUCCUGGACCAAUCAUUAAUUUACAGUUGAUGCUGAAUGACACCGAAGGAAUCUUUAACCUUUCAGGGAUUUUUGAACCACAAGGACCAUUGGGACCAAGGGGUCUGAAGGGUGAUACCGGGGUCCCAGGGGUCCAGGGGUCUCCAGGAUUAAAGGGUCAGAAAGGCGAGCCGGGGAUUGUGUCUGGAGUUCAUGCACCGCAGGGACCCAAAGGACUGAAGGGAGAUUGUGGCGUUCCUGGACCUCCUGGUCAAACGGGCCCUGUCGGACCGAAGGGAGAGUUUGGGUUUCCAGGACGACCGGGUCGUCCAGGAGUUAACGGCCGUAAGGGUGAGAAGGGAGAUUCUGUCGGUUUACCUGGUGUUCCGGGGCCCCCGGGGCCUCCAGGACGAGCGGGACCCUUCAGCUGUCCGACAGCAACCGUGUUUCCAGUCCCUCCUCGACCCGGCUGUAAAACACCUGUAACCAGUGGUUCUACACAAGAGGGAGCCAGCAGGGACAGACAUCUGCCUUCCUCCUCUUCCUCUGGACACACGCUGGGAAACAAAGUCACGACUGACCCGGGAUCCAGAGGAGAGACCGGAGAAACUGGGAUGAGUGGGAGACCCGGUUCAGCACAGGGGGCUAAAGGAGAAUCUAUCACCGGACCCCCUGGUCAUCCAGGACCACGAGGACCCCCCGGUGCACCAGGUUUUGGGAGAAUCGGUGUGGCUGGACCACCAGGACCACCAGGACCUCCCGGACCUCCUGGACCUCCUGGACAACUCAGACCUGGUGUGAUGAUCCCUGGCCCUCCUGGACCCCCCGGGCCCCCGGGACGAGCCGCUGAGGCCUCCAGCGCCGUCAGGAAGUAUGUGAGUGUGCAGGCCAUGAGCCAGCAGUCGUCUGCGGUCGAGCGCGGGACGCUGUCUUUCGUUACAGACUCUAGUAAACUCUAUAUAAAGGUUCCAGGAGGCUGGAGAGAGGUUCAGCUCGGCGGGAUGAUUGAGAUGUACCCCGUCCUCUCACAGGAUGAUGCUGAGCCCCUGAUCCUGAGCCCACCGCUCCGUCACACACCCAGAACACACACCAGAAGCACGCUCAGGUUAGUGGCUCUCAACACACCGCUGACGGGAAACCUGGGCUCCAUCCACUCGGUCAAUAAACUGUGCCGGACUCAAGCUCAAGCCAUGGGCAUCAGAGACGACUACCAGGCCUUCCUCUCACACCACCUACAGGACCUGAUUGACACCGUGCAGCCCAUGUACCGAGCAAACAUGCCGAUCGUCAACCUGAGGGGUGAAGUCCUGUUCAGGAGCUGGCACAGCAUCUUCUCCAGUCAUCUCCUGCCUCCCGGCGUCCCGCUGUACUCCUUCGACGGGCGAGACGUGAUGAGCGACCCCUUCUGGCCUCAGAAGGCGCUGUGGCACGGUUCUUCAGAGAGAGGCGAGCGUCUGUCCUCUCUGAACUGUGAGUCGUGGAGAGCGGGUGACAUGGCCAUCACCGGUCAAGCAUCGUUCCUCUACAGCGGGUUACUGAACCAGCAGACACGCAGCUGCUCCAACCGCUUCAUCGUCCUGUGCAUCCAGACCAGCCACGAGCAUCAGACCCUGCCGCAGCUCCACAGACGCCUGCAGCACAGAUCCUAAAGCCUGACGAGGAGACCGUCUCAGCCAAGCUAGCGCUCUCCAGUUUAACGUGUUCUGGCCGUUCCCAGUCAUGGACUGCAGAGAGACGCUUUCUUUAUCGUUUGGAUGCACUGUACUUUAUAUAUUGUAUUUUUGUUGUUGAUUUUCCUAAAAAAAAAAAAGUAUUUGUGAUCACGUCAUUUAUUUGUUUCUUAUUCUGUUUGUAUUUAAAAUAAUUUCUGUGUUUAUUUAUACAGUGACCCCACAUCAUUCAAAAUUGAGUAUGGAUAAAUAUGUAAUUUAACUUUUUGAAUUAAUUAUGCAAUUUUGUAAAUUUUUGGAUACUGCAUUUCACUGAGAUUUCAAUCUACAUUUACAUUUACAUUACACAAUCUAUCUAAUUAAAAGUUCAGAUCAGCAUCAGAUCACAUUUUUAUAGAUUUUUUUAAAGCAAGACAACUGAAGCAGUGUUUGUCUUUUGAAUAAAUUUUUUUUCCCCAAA